GGCGUGGAGCCGGUUGAAGGCGGCUGAAGUGUGUCUGCGCCUGCACCACAGUGUUCCUCCAUCUGUCCUCCUCCCCCUCCUCCUCCUCCUCCUCCUCCUCCUCCUCCAUCCCUCCUCCUCACAUUUUUCCGGUGCUGCUGCUGCUGUUGCUGUUGCUGCUGCCUCCGUGUCGUCCGUGCGGCACAGCGCGGCCAUGGUGGACUCUCCCAGCGCGAUGAAGAAGACCUUUUCAGUGCCGGAGAUCAAACCGCUGGACCAGUACGACUUCAGCCGGGCCAAGAUCCGCGCCAGCGUCCGGUGGCUGCUGUCGAAGUCGUACGGCUCUGCAGAAAAUGUCCCUGUGGAGUUGCGGGAUCCGCUUUACAAGGACCAGUAUGAACAAGAGCACCUCAAGCCGUCCGUGUCCAAGCUGCUUCUCUCCCCGGAGAUCUACUGCCGAGCUCAGGCCCUGCUGGCCCAGGCACACGGGGUCUCUUUGCCGGCAUCGCAGGGGUCCCCGGCCGACAACUCCGCGCUGCUGCAGUUCCUCAUUAAGAAAGGUUUCACCCCAAAGGUCCAGGAUGUAGAUGUCACCGAGGAGGAUCUCAGCAACGUCCCCAUCAAGACAAAGUCCCACCUUGCCCUAAUGGACGCUCUGAUGUCACUGGCUGCUAAAGAGACAGUGGGCCGGGUGAAGAUGGCGACGGAGGCGGAGCAGAUGGGCGUCAGUUCUCCAUGGGAGAACGCGCUGCUCUUCUGGGUCAACAGGCUGAACCAGAAAUUGAGAGAAAGCACAGAAGAAGAGGAACCCGUCAAGUCGCAGACGUGUACAGACCUGCAGGCUGUUCAGGACUCGUGUCAAUCCACCCGUUGGUACUGGAAACUAGUCCCACAUGCUAUCGCUUUUUGUUUGAAGGAGUCGGGGAAUAAGCCGCCAGUGAUCCGCUAUAGGAAGGACAAAGUGCAAUCUAAGCUGACUCCUACUUUCCCUCUGGUGUCCGCGGUCAAAGAUCUGUCUAAUGGCUGUGCUAUAGCUGCUGUGUUGCACUACUACUGCCCCAGCUUGCUGCCUCUAGAGGAUGUGUGUCUGAAGGACACCAUGUCAUUGGCCGACAGUCUCUACAACCUGCAGCUGGUCAAAGAGUUUUGCGAGAACAGUUUACAGAGCUGCUGCCCCCUCGCUGUUGAGGACCUGCUCUACGCUCCACCCGUUCUCCAUCUGAACAUCAUGAGCUUCAUAGCAGAACUGCUGGAGUGGUUUGAGGUGAAGAAGCCUGAUUUUGUCCAGCCCACACAACCCAUUGACCUCACAGAUGUCUCGGGGUUACUGGACUGCACAAGUCCCGUCACUGGGAACAGCAACAGUGGUUCUCCUUCCUUUAUCUUCAAACAACCCUUUGUGCCCAUCUCCUCUCCAGUGUCACCAGAAAACAAAAGUUGGACGAAGAAACAAAUCGGUCGUCCUCUGUCAGCAGUGACUUUCAGCAUCCCAUUUGGGCUGGACAGUGAUGUUGACAUUGUCAUGGGAAACCCAAUAGAUUCUGUCUUUCGCUCUGUCAGCACUGACAGCCUAACCACCGGCAUCCCUGUAAUGACCUCACCGGUGACUUCAGCAGGGAUGACUCGUGUCCCGUACAGCCCUCCGGAGGACCUCAGCCACCUGGUCAGCGCUUCGGCCCCAUCGCAGCGGUCUUCCUGGGGCCCUUACGCACACACGGCACCGCUAGGAGAGCUGCCAACAAUCGAGGAGGCGCUACAGGUGGUUCAUACUCCCAACAGCAAAGAUCGGAAGAAGGGAAGGACGCCAGAGAAAGGUGGAAGAGGAGUGUUGGGAGGACGGCCCGAGCCCAGGUUACGUCCCGAGGGAGCCCCUGCUGGUUUCUUCCUGCACUCCCCCGAGGAGGAUAAUCCGCAGCUCAGUAGCUCUGCUCCCUGUCGCUCUGGAGUCCUCUGCCGACCUGUUGGAGGAGAAGGGGGUGAUACGGAAAGGCAAGGAAGGGGAGAGAGGAGGGAGAGAUCAGGACGGAGCUCCGAUAUGUCACGUGACGAUGACUCCGUUCUACGGGAUGGCAGCGUCGACUCCUCUGAACUAUCAGAUGAUACCCCAAGAAAUGCCCCUGGUAAUAUUCGACCCAGUAACGGUCGCCAGGGAAACCACAACACCAGCAAUAGCCCACGAAUGACAAGCUUUGCUGAGCGACGAGACAGCAGGAGAAGACAUUCGGCUGCUCCCGGAGAGGACUCAGCCUCUGCUGCGACCCCAACAAGCCCAGGAACUCCACAUACACCCUCAACCCCAGCGGGGGCACCUGGCCGACAGGACAGCCCAGGUCCCAGAGGCCCUGAACCAGGGUCCGAGGCCUGGGAGUUGGGGGCUCGUCUGGAGGAAAAACGCAAAAGCAUUGAAGCCCAAAAAAGACGCAUCGAAGCCAUCUUUGCCAAACACAGACAGAGGCUUGGAAAAACUGCUUUCCUUCAACUGAAAAGAGAGCAAGGAGAGGGAGGAGGGGAGGGACUGGGGGAGGAUAAUCUCAGCCUGGAGGAGCGCCUCACCCACAUGGAGGAACAACUGAAACAGGAGGAGGAGAAGGAAGAGAAAGAAAAGGAGGAAAAAGAAAAAGACAGAGAUAAGGAGAAAGAAAAGCUAUCCGUUUCCAAUCCUCCUCGGCUGGAGAAGCAGGUCACGUUCUCUAUUGAAACUAAGCAAGGGGCAGAAAAAGAGAAAGAGAAAGAGAAAGCUGGUGACGGUGUUCUUGUGGAAUACAAUGAAGUCGUGCAGAAACUGAGUGAAGCCCUGCAGUCAUUACAGAAGGACAUGCAGAAACUUACAGAACAGCAACAGCAGCUCAUGAGCAACCAAAGACCCAGAAAUACACCCAAAACCGCUCCAAAGUCAGUGAUUAGAAGUAACGUCAAAACACCACCCAGAACCCCUCCCCACACACCAACAAAGACACCUCCGAGAACCCCGACAAAGACUCCUACCAGGAGCAACGGUAAAGCUUGGGUGAUCCCCACCAAUCCCAAUCUCCCCUCCUCUCCCUCACGGCGUUCUAACGCUCUGACCUUGUCCACCUCUCCAAAAACAGUCGUCUCCUCCUCCUGCCCUGCUCCUCGCACUAAGAUUCACUCCUCCUCCUCACCUCGGAGCCCCAAACACCACCCACGCCCCCAAAAUCAGCGCCCCCAUCCACGGCCUUCCGAACUCAAGUUCCCUCCUCUCAAUCGGGUCUUGACACCAACCCAGACUGUGGACACCCUCCCCCACUUGCGCCGUGUGUCCCCCAGCAAGUGUCAGGUUCAGACGUCCUCUUCCUUCCGUAUCGGCGGUCCCCGGACUCCUCAGGAAUCUCCUCAGCCUCAGCAGCCACAGCCUGAUGAGAGCAACUCAGAAACAGGCUCUAGCGAGACACCCACCCAGUUCAGCCUGGAGCUGGAGCAAGAGGAUGUAGAGGCUGUUGGAGGGCUGCCGAUCUUGUCACAGCCCAGACAAGAUCGUCGCAGGGCUGCUGGCGGCAGCAGCUCUGGUGCUCCUUCAGAGUGCUCAUUUGAGAGCGAGACUUUGUCCAUUUCCGCUGCGUACAGCGCAGUAGGGGAAGGAGGAAGAGGCAGAGGUGCAGAGAAACGCUGCAGCAUGAUUGAGGUGUCACUAUCAUCUCAUGGAGGGCCAGAGGGAGGCAGCGACGAACCAACCGAUGAAGGGCAGGAGUUUUCCUCUGACUCAAUGAGCGAUCACACAGAAUCUGCUGCGGAACCGGCAAGAGGACUCGCCACAGAGCCCUUCGAUCCUUUAGAGCAGCUGAAUCUGGCUAUGGAAGCCACGGAUUUGCCGGAACAACAAACCGAACCCAAAGAACAAACAGGAGAGACCGAAACUUUGGAACCAAGUGGAGAACAGAGCGAGCUGGAAACCAAAGGAGGAAUAGGAUUCUUCUUCAAGGAGGAGGUACAUAGUGAAGGGGAGAUGGCCCAGCGUAGAGCUCUCCUGUUGGAGAGGCAGCAAAAGAGAACAGAGGAGCUGAAGAGGAGGAGACAGUGGCAUGAGCAAGAAAGGGAAAUCAGAGUUGUGUCUUCAGACAGGAGAGCAGCAUCUCCCUCCAAUACACCCCCUGCAGGCACCACCUCCCCGUCACCCACACCUCCUGCUACUCCAGCCCGUCGGGGAGAUUUCACACGAGGGGAGUAUGCGCGACGGCAACAGCUCAGGAUCAUGGAGGACCUGGACAAAGUGCUCCGCCAGAAAACCGCCAAUCAAGGACGAUCUUCAGCUAAGAAGACCCGCUCUCGGCCUCGCAGUAUGACCAGGGAGGAAACACAGCUGUCUCUGAGUCCAGCCAAGAGAACAACUGGCUCUAAGUUGACCAAAGUCUACUCUCACUCCUCCCUCAACCUGGCAGCAACAGAUGAGACAGGAAACCGUGGUAGUGACCCCACGAAGAAACCUCACAGCAGCCGUCCUGAUUCACCGUCAGGAUGUGCGACACCAAGUAGACUGGCCAAUCUGAACGGAGACAAGGACUGGGAGAGUGGCUCCAAUGGAACCUCACCUGCCCCAGAAUACACAGGUCCAAAGCUCUUCAAAGAACCAAGCUUCAAGUCCAACAAAUUUAUCAUUCACAACGCUCUCUCUCGCUGCUGCCUGGCUGGAAAGGUCAACGAGGCACAAAAAAACAAGAUAGUUGAGGAGAUGGAGAAGUCUCCUGCAAACCACUUCCUUAUCCUCUUCCGGGAUUCCAGCUGCCAGUUCAGGGGCGUAUACACCAUGAACCCUGACUCCCAGGAGCUCAUACGAUUGGCUGGCGUGGGUCCCCGGACAAUUGGUUCCACCCAGGUGGAGUCCAUCUACAAAUACAGUUCAGACAGGAAGCAGUUUAGUGCCAUCCCCUCUAAAACCAUGGGCAUGAGCGUGGAUGCUUUCACCAUCCCCAGCCAUCUUUGGCAUGGAGGAGGAGGCGCAGGAGGAGGAGGAAGCAGGAGAGCAAGCAUUACUAAGAAGGCGGUUAUUUCCAAGUGAGGAACAUAACACAACAUUACAGUGACACACGAUUAAAGAAAACACUAUAAUCACACUGUAAUUAUAGUGAAAACUGUAGUCAGCAGUGGAAAACAGUUAUUUAUGUGAACACAGAUAAGCCUUUAGGCAUCUGUGUGCGUACAUACAUCUUAGCUGUCUUGCUCUUGGAUUUAACUAGAAGUACAAAAUAUAAAAAAACUUAUUUUUAGUCCCCUUAAUGUGCAUGAAAACAUCAACAGCACAACUACACAGAAAACAGAGACACGCUCAUAUCCAGAGUGUACAGAGGAAGGUUUUGUAAAAUGUUAGGUUAACGUUACAAGGAAGAGUUACUUUUAAAAAGUCUCAUUAUUUAUACUUUCAUUAUUUGAAGUACGAACUCGAAAAAUUACUUUUUUUUUUCUUUCAGAGGAAAAGGAAACUUUAUUGUUUACUGAAAAACACUGACUUUCAUAAGACUUAAGAUUGCUGUCCGGUCCCUCUCUGGUUCUGUGGACUGAAGUCCUCAAGUAGAAUACCACUUUUAUACAUGAAGCCAAACAAUGGAGAAAAUGCCUUCUCAUGUCAGAGAGACACGCAGGACUUUUAUUUUGUAUGACCCUCAAGUUUAAUUCUACCUUCAACAGUCAGCAGGUGGAUCAAAGCACAUUUGUUUUGCAAAACUAAGAUAGCCAUAACUAUAUGAUGCAGAGAGCAGAGUUGAACUUUGUUUUUUGGAGUCAAAGAGCUGUAAAUGUGUCAGUGGUUUUCAGCAAUGAUUACCACCGCAUGAAUGGUUAUUUACUGUAUGUGGUAUAAGCUUAUUUCAAAAUAAUAUCGCAGUGAGAACUUGUGGUUUGAUGAAACUAUGUUGAAAAUGGGUAUACGUAUGAGCAGCAGAUGCCAAUUAAAACAAAUUUUGUACACUGAACUAAUAGCAUAAUAAGGAUGCCGUGUCAUGCCAAACUUACAUUUACGUGGAUUGUUGCACUCUUGGUGAGGGACGGGUUCUGAUAGUCGGGUCCAUUUUGGAUCUGGUUCUAAGUUGUUAAAAUGCCCAGAUUUGUUAAAAGGGGCUAUUUGUAAGUUUUCUCUGCAGACAAACGUGGUUUCUUGGUGAUUGUUGCUUGACAAGAGCUUCAGUCAUCGUUGCCUUUAUAAUACAAAAGGUUAUAAUACACCUUCUGAGCAGCACUACGUCUUCAGACAAGAUUGGAAGCUAAAGCGAGGUGCUAUCAGAAAGUGACAAGACGGGCCGCGGCUAGCUGAUUAGCGUGCUAACUGCAGUAGAGGAAAAGACGUGAUAGAGACAAGAGUUAACAUUAAUGUUGCUUUCCACAUCCUGAGACAGCUGUUGAUGAAUAAAGGAAUGAAGUUUGUUGCUGUACUUGCAACGUUUCCUCUAGACUGGUAAGUAAACAGCCGUUAAUGCUAACGCUAGCUAUGUAGCAAUGGCAAAACUCACAAACAGCUCCUUUAAAAUCUGCAGCAAUUGAAUCGUCUAUCAAAUCUUCAAUCUCUCUUAGAUAAUCUCCUUUGCAAAGAAAAAAAAUUGGUGACAAACAAUUUCUAACUCAGCGACACAGUUGAUAAUGACACUGCAUGACUGAACAUGGUGGACCGCCUUAAUUUAAAUGUUCCCAAGUCAGCGAAACAGCUAUGAAAUGCAAUAUUUGCAUAACAGCACUUAUGACAAAGGGGAGAAUGACAAGUCCCUGCUUAAAUAAGAACUUGUGAUAUUUCUGAUAACUUCAGAAGGACGAUCAAGUGCUCGGCCUCAGCCUACAGCUGGUGUUACACUGUAUUCUGUGACCUUGAGCAAAGCAACAACAAAUCCGCCGUGUGGUAAUGUUCUGUGUUUCUUGUAUGUAGAGAAAUCUAUAAUUUGGUUGGUUUAGGUUUUAGUGAAAUAAAAACAGUACUUGUGCGUUUUAACUCAAAUGUAUUCAUUUCCAAACAAGCAAAACUACCUAAAAAGAUUCAGUAAAGGAUGUGGAUUCGAUAAAAUGCUAUUGAACCCGAUCCCUACUCUUGGUAGAGUGCACACAAUUAAAAUUUGGUGUUUUUCAGACCAGCAUUCAUGUAUGAAAUAACAGACUGGAUUAAACUCCACUGAUCAAGCUGU